AUGAGCUCCCUAAACUACUCCCCUCCUAUUAAAGAAGAGGCGGUCGGCUGGACGGAGAAAGAAGCUCAUUCAGUGAAAGAAGAGAAAGACGUUUCAGUGAAAGAAGAGGAAGACGCGUUCAGAGUGAAAGAGGAGGAGGAUGUUACAGUAAAAGAAGAGGAGGAUGCAGUUUAUGGAGUGAGGAAGGAAGGGGAUAUUAAUGUCACAUUGGUAGAGGUGAAGAUAGGGGAUCUGAUUAACACCAGAGAGAGACGGGACUACCGUGGGUCCUCUGGGGAGCCUCAACAACCUCAUGAUGCUGACAAAGCAGAGAAGACUCUCUCCAGAUCAGAACACGUCAAGAAACCCCAGCAGAGAUCCACAGGGAAGAGAACUCACUGCUGCUCUGACUGUGGGAAGAGAUUCACCACCUCAUCAGGCAUUAAAAUUCAUCAGAGAAUCCACACAGGAGAGAAACCUCACGGCUGUGAUCAAUGUGGGAAGAGUUUUACUCAGCUAAGCAGCCUGAUAUUGCACCAGAGAACACACACGGGCGUGAAACCGUACAGCUGUGAUGAAUGUGGGAAGAGUUUUACUCAGCUAAGCAGCCUAAUAUCACACCAGAGAACACACACAGGCGAGAAACCUUAUAGCUGUUCUGAAUGUGGGAAGAGUUUUACUCAGCUAAGCGGCCUGAUAUCACACCAGAGAACACACACAGGAGAGAAACCUUAUAGCUGUGAUGAAUGUGGGAAGAUGUUUACUAGGUCUAGCAAUCUGACUCUACACCAGAGAAUACAUACAGGAGAGAAACCUUUCAGCUGUACUCAAUGUGGGAAGAGUUUUACUAAGCUAAGCAACCUCAUAUCACACCAGAGAACACACACAGGAGAGAAACCCUAUAGCUGUGAUCAAUGUGGGAAGAGUUUUGUUCAAUCUAGCUAUCUGAAGAUACACCAGAGAAGACACACAGGAGAGAAACCUUUUAACUGUACUCAAUGUGGGAAGAGUUUUAUUUUAUCUAGCCUUCUGACAGUACACCAGAGAACACACACAGGAGAGAAAUCUUAUAGCUGUAAUCAAUGUGUGAAGAGUUUUGCUACAUCUGGGCAGCUGACAAUACACCAGAGAACACACACACAAUAGAAAUCCUUUAGCUCUAAUUGAAGUGGGAAGAGUUUUACUCUGUUAAACAGCCUGGUACGACACCAGAGAACACACAGGAGAGAAAUAUCUUAGCUGUAAUCAAUGUAGGAAGAGAUACUCUGAUAAAAGUUAUCUGAUCAAACAUCAGAAAAUACAUGUAGUUGUUUCAUGAUAUCAAUGAAAUCAUGUCACAAUGUAGAAUGUUUUACAUUGUAGUAGGAGUAUUUUAAUGAUGUCACAAUGUAGAAGCCUAAAUGUUUGCCCCUUUAUCAAUUGAUUUCAACAUGAUAUAGAUAUUAGCCUCAGGGGAAAAAUCCAGGCUCAGAAUUGAAAGUUGAGUUGUGUUACACUUACCACGUUGAUGACCUACUUGAAUCAAAAUGCAACACUCCAACAUGUAGCUAGCUGUUUUCUUCAAAUUGUCCUCUAUCCAGUGAUGUACACAUUACUCCCAGAUUCCGUGGGGUUUUUGAGCUGUUAGUUUUAACAGGACUUGCAACCUCAUCUCCCUCCUUUCGCAGUUGAUUUCAACAUGAUAUCGAUGAGUUAUGACACAUAAGUGUUGCAUUCCUUUGUUUAGCGACCCCUAAAUUAAAAUGCAUCACUCAAAUGUAGCUGAAUGUCUUCUGCAGGUUGUGCUCUAACCAGUGAGGUAAAAGACAUCUCAAAUGUCCAUGUGUUUUUUAGUUGUGUUAGUUUCAACAGCACGUACAACCUAGUCGAUAUUAGUGAUGUAUUGCUACUUGUCAAAACAACAACGUUUCUGGUGCUUGUGCAGUUUAUAUGGUGCUUGUUUAAACAAAUACAAGUAAUAUGAUUAUUGUGUCAGAUGAUUGUGGAUAUUGCACAUUUUAUGUUUAGGUUUUCAAUUUAUCCCAAACUGUUUCUGCAUAUUAGUUAUUGAUUUGGACAGGUUAAAA